CAAACUGUUCUCCUUCAUCCGUCCUCCACCAGAAAGCAGAUGCCGCCGUGCACGAGCACGCGAGGGCGGGCAGGCGUGUGCGCGAGGGCGCGCGCGCGCGUGCGUGUGGGUCGAGCAUCACUUCGCCGCGAUGGCGAACGAAGCGCACGGGCGCGGAGAAGGAGCCGGUCUUGCGUCCGACUCCCUGGAGCUCAGCACGUCUCUCGAGCGCAGCGUGCAAACGCGCAUCUUUAAGAUCAUCGUGAUCGGCGACUCGAACGUGGGCAAGACGUGCUUAACGUUCCGCUUUACCGGCGGCGCUUUUCCGGAUAAGACGGAGGCCACGAUCGGUGUGGAUUUCAGAGAGAAGGCGGUCGAAAUCGAGGGUGAGAGGAUCAAGGUGCAAGUGUGGGAUACGGCUGGACAAGAACGCUUCCGCAAAAGCAUGGUGGAGCACUACUACCGCAACGUCCACGCCGUCGUCUUCGUCUACGACGUCACUAAAAUGGCCUCAUUUGAGAACCUGAAGACGUGGAUCCAGGAGUGCAACGGGCAUCGCGUGUCGGCCUCGGUGCCCCGUGUCCUGGUGGGGAACAAGUGCGACCUGGUGGAUCAAAUCCAGGUCCCGUCCAACAUGGCGCUCAAGUUUGCCGACGCACACAACAUGCUGCUGUUUGAGACGUCCGCCAAAGACCCCAAGGAGAGCCAGAACGUGGACUCCAUUUUCAUGUGCCUGGCAUGUCGUUUGAAGGCCCAGAAAUCUCUUAUCUACAGAAAUGUGGAGAGGGAGGAUGGGAGGGUGAAGCUCAAUCAAGAGCCUAAUCCUAAGACUACCUGUCCAUGCUAAAGAGCUGUGAAGCCUAGAAUAUUCUAAUCCUGUUUUCCACACCAACUGAGACUAAUGUUGAUGGCUGCAAAAAAAAAAAAAAUGUGCCUGCAACUAAUGAAGUUUUACAGUGAGGCUUUUGUUCUGUCUUUUUGUCUCUUUGUUGGAACCUUUGUUAACCACAGACUACAGUCAUUUAGCGUUUGAUUUGUUGUACAUACAUUUUUAAGUGUAACAUUUCACCUAAUAUUCGGAAAUCGAGAUUGACGUUCAUAUAUCCAGU